UGCAUUUAGCUUAAAAAUAAUUUUGUUUAUUCAUUCAAGUAAUUAUGUAACUACAUGAAUUAUGUGAAAUAUAGGAUUAUUUAAAAUAAAAUGUGUAAAAGAAUAGACCUUGCCGACACCUACAGCAAAUAUAUAUCAUUGUCGACUAUUUAUGUGGAUACCAAGUGGCCUAUGAUGUAAGGUAAAGAGUGGCCAAUAAAUUAAGAGCUACAUUAUUUCCCUUUCAAACAACAUUAAUAAUAAUACACGUUCCUUGUCUUUUCUGUUUAUUACUUGUUUUUUAAUAUCCAAAUUCAGAAAUUUAAUCCAUUCAUUCAUCCACAACAAGUACUUGUUUAUCAAGAUUAAUUUGGAACUUUCCACUUUUGAUAUGGAAGCAAUUUAGCUACAAUACCAUAGCUAACUAGCUAGUAUCUAUUUACAUUAGAGAGUGAAAUUGAAAUGGGUAUUUUAAGUACUAUUACUGGUUUUUUGGGAUUAGGAAUUGGAACUUCACUUGGACUAGUCAUUGGAUACUAUUUGUUUAUCUACUUCCAAUCAACAGAUGUCAAGGAUCCGACGAUUCGUCCUUUGGUUGAGCUAGAUGCAAAAACUCUGCAACAGUUACUUCCAGAGUUACCCUUUUGGAUAAAAAAUCCAGACUAUGAUCGUCUUGACUGGCUUAAUAAAUUUGUUGAGUCUAUGUGGCCUUAUUUGAACAAGGCAAUAUGCAAGACUGCAAGAACUAUAGCAAAGCCAAUUAUUGCUGAACAAAUUCCAAAGUACAAAAUUGAUUCAGUUGAGUUUGAUGAACUUAACUUGGGUUCUCUACCACCAACUUUUCAAGGAAUGAAAGUGUAUAGCACUGAUGAAAAGGAAUUGAUUAUGGAACUAUCAGUGAAAUGGGCUGGUAAUCCUAACAUUAUAAUUGCCGUUAAAGCAUUUGGAUUGCGCGCCACGGUUCAGGUUGUUGAUUUGCAAGUAUUCGCUUCUCCACGCAUAACGUUGAAGCCUUUGGUUCCAAGUUUUCCAUGUUUCGCCAAUAUUUACGUGUCUCUCAUGGAGAAGCCACAUGUCGAUUUUGGACUAAAACUGCUUGGAGCUGAUGCAAUGGCUAUUCCCGGUCUUUACAGGAUUGUCCAGGAAAUUAUAAAAGAACAAGUUGCAAAAAUGUAUUUGUGGCCUAAGGCCUUAGAAGUGCAAAUAAUGGAUCCAUCAAAGGCCAUGAAAACGCCGGUUGGAAUUCUUCAUGUGAAGGUUCUGAGAGCAUUGAAGCUUAAAAAGAAAGAUAUAAUGGGAGGAGCAGACCCUUAUGUGAAACUUAAACUCAAAGAUGAUAAACUUGCUUCAAAGAAAACAACUGUGAAAUACAAGAACUUGAAUCCAGAAUGGAAUGAAGAAUUUAAUGUGGUCAUUAAAGAUCCAGAAUCUCAAGCCUUAGUGCUUAAUGUUUAUGACUGGGAGCAGAUUGGAAGGCAUGAGAAGAUGGGUAUGAAUGCAAUUCCAUUGAAAGAGCUUACACCAAAUGAACCAAAAGAACUUACUCUUAAGUUACUUAAGACACUUGAACCUGAUAAUCCUGAGAAUGAGAAGCCGCGUGGAGAACUCGUUGUGGAAGUUAUGUACAAACCUUUUACGGAAGAUGAGUUACCUAAGAAUCCUGCAGAAGACAACAAUGGAAUAGAAAAGGCUCCUGAAGGAACACCUGCUACUGGUGGUUUGCUUGUGAUUAUCAUCCAUGAAGCUGAAGAGGUUGAAGGAAAACACCACACGAAUCCGUAUGCGCGGCUCAUAUUUAAAGGAGAGGAAAAGAAAACCAAGCAUGUAAGGAAAAAUAGAGAUCCAAGAUGGGGUGAAACGUUUCAAUUUACUCUAGAUGAACCUCCCACUAAGGAAAGGCUUUAUGUUGAAGUCCAAAGUGCCUCCUCAAAGUUAGGCCUAUUGCAUCCUAAGGAAAAUCUUGGAUAUGUGGAGAUAAAUUUAUCUGAUGUUGUUAGCAACAAAAGAAUCAAUGAGAAAUAUCAUCUUAUUGACUCUAAAAAUGGAAAGAUUCAAAUUGAGCUUCAAUGGAGAACUCCCUAAUGAAUGAAUAUUGGUUUGUAGUAAUUUAUGGUACCAUUGUAAGUUUGUAAUGCAAGUUUGGUACAUUUUGUUAUUAUAUAGUUAGAUUUCAUUCAAUUGCAAACCACUCGUCAAAAAAGAUAAAUUCAAAUUCUUUUUGUUUGUAAGAUAAAUUCAAAUUCUAUCGUUUGUUCUUAACACUCGCAAGAAUAAUAUGCGUUGUUUUUUUUUGUGUGUAUACGAGAUUAUAUAUUAGCAAUGGCAAUGUGACUGUGUUGUGUUA